UGGAAUCAAGAAAAAUAAAUGAACCUCAGCUUACUAAAUGGAGCUUAGUGAAUUAUCGUUUUCUUUAGACUUUAGUCCUUUGGGAUUUCUCUUAUUACUGUUUCAGCCCCUCCCCAAAAUCAUAAACCCUUCCAAAAACCCUCUCAACGAACUCUGUUCUUUCCUAAUUAAAUUCCUCUUUCGUCAAUCGAAAGGAACGGGAGUCGAUUAAAUCCGAAAUGCUAUCGCGUAGAAACCCUUUCAAAUCCCUAAUUGAUACCUACAUUAUCAGCAGGCGAUGUUACCACGCGAACAGCAACAAUUCACUGUACGCCAAAAUCAGUCCCCUGGGAAACCCUAGCACCAAUGUCACUCCCGAGCUCGAUAAAUGGGUUGGCACCGGAAAAAUCCGAUUCGCCGAGCUUCAGCGCAUUAUUAUCGAUCUCCGUAGGCGCAAACGUUUCGGUCAAGCUCUCCAGGUUUCUGAGUGGAUGAGAGGUAGAGGUGUUUAUACUUUCACCCCGGUUGAGCAUGCCGUCCAGUUGGAUCUGAUUGGUAAGGUUCAUGGAUUUCUGCAUGCUGAGAGCUAUUUCAAUAGCUUGACUGAGCAAGAUAAGACUGAUAAGGUGCACGGUGCUCUUCUUCAUUGUUAUGCUCGACAGCGUGAAACUGAAAGAGCACUAGCACUUCUCAAGACCAUUAGAGAUAAAGGUCUUCCUUUGUCUUCUCUAGCUUUCAAUGACAUUAUGUGCCUGCAUGCCUCUACCGAUGAGAUUGACAAGGUUCCUGAAGUCCUUAAACAAAUGAAGGAAGACGGGGUUCAGCCUGAUAAUUUGAGUUAUCGGAUCUGUAUAAAUUCGUUUGGAGUGAGAUCCGACAUUGAGGGAUUGGAAAGGGUUCUAAACGAAAUGGAAAAUGAUGCCCACAUUACCAUGGAUUGGAACACGUAUGCUGUUGUGGCGAAUUUCUAUGUGAAGGCCGGCCUCAACUACAAGGCAAACAUUUAUCUUCAAAAAGCAGAGAAGAGGCUAGAUAAUAAAGAUGGAUUAGGGUAUAACCAUCUCAUCUCACUCCAUGCUCAAUUGGGAAACAGAGAUGAUGUUAUCAGGUUGUGGCAUGAUGAAAAGAAUGCUUGUAAGAGGUGCCUCAACCGGGAGUACAUAAACACGAUGGAGGCACUGGUUAGGCUGGACGAUCUUGAAGAAGCAGAGAAAGUGCUCAAGGAGUGGGAAACCACGAAAAACUGCUAUGAUUUUCGAGUGCCAAAAGUGGUGAUUAAUGGAUAUAUAGAGAAGGGUUUAUGCGAAAAUGCCGAAGCACUACUUAACCACCUGACAGAAACGAGUAAGGAAUCGACGCCAAAUAUUUGGGGCAUGCUGGCAAAAGGAUACAUUGAGAAGGAUAACAUUAAAAAUGGCUUGAAAUCCCUCAAAAAGGCCCUCUCUUUACAUGAUCCAAGCAAAGAGCUUACGCUUAACAAUAAGGUAAUUGCAGGAGUAGUGAGGUUGACUGGUGAGAGAGGCAGCAGUGAUGAUGCAGAAAGAGUGAUAAAUUUAUUGAGAUCGGUAGAUCGGUUGGACAGGCAGGUGUAUCAUACAUUGAUGAAAUCCUUUAUCACCAGUGGUAAAGACGUCAAUCGGCUACUAGAGAUAAUGAGAUCUGAUGAUUAUGAAGAAGAUGAAGAAACGAUCAAGAUCCUUUCUUUGCAGCAGAAUGCUAUCUGAUUUUUCUGUAAAUUCUGGAUUUAGGGUAGCUGUCUCCAAGAUGUUAAACUCUUCACCUGUUUACAGUAAAUUUAAAUUAUAUAUGUACCCUUCCUUUACCCUU